ACGGACUAGUCUGUAACUAGGAUCUAGAAUCUAAUGCAAACUGACUGAUACAUGUAAUCAGAGUUAAUUGAACCACAGUUUGUUUGCCUGUGUGAAAGGGGCUAUUGUCACCAUCAAAUAUCCUUGCCUGUACAAUAUAAACCACUUCGUUAAAAGUUCACGACAACACUGUUCAAUUCGUUUACAGACCUUUACAAGCGCUGCACUAUGCAACUUUUAGCAAUCACCUUCGUCUUGGCAAGUUUUAACAUCCUUAUUAUAGAUGCAGAUGAAUGUCAGUGUCCCACGCCUACCUGUCACAUCACCUAUCCAGGAAAAUCUAAAACCAAAGUCGCAUUCUCAGCCAUGUGUACUUCAGAUCUGAUAAACGGCAACGCCGCUGUUGAUCUUACAUUUCAAAAGACCCUGACAAAUCUUGGACGAGGCUUCGAUGACGUCUCCUCAUUCCGCGCUCCGGUCGACGGAACCUACUUCUUCACUUUCACUAUUCACACCGGUGUCAGGACUGCAAGAGUGUACCUGCGCACCAACGCCGGCUACGUGAAUGAAGCGUACGGGACCCCGGGCGGUCAGACCUCGACCAACCAGGCCAUACUUCGUCUACAGAAGGGAGACAGGGUGUGGCUCCAACAGCAACCAAAUGGAUCUACGGUUAGCGGUGUAGGGCACAUUCAUGUUUCGUUUAACGGAUUCCUUUUGUAUGAAGAUUAAAGAGCACAUAAACAAUCAGAAGAUCGCGUUCUCAUUUGCAAGCACUGUACAAACGCACCAUGCACACACGCACACACACACUCAUCCACACACGCACAAAUACAUGUAGUGUAUUUUGUAACGAAAAUAGGAACGAGAAAGAACAACUGCAAAAUGGCCACUAAAUGGUCAAAAUGUUUCCUUCUACCCAAUAACUAUUUCAUAAAACUGGGAUAUACUAUUCUACUUCCGAAAAAUUAUUAAGAAUACAAUACCAUUAUUUUAAUGGUUUGCAUGUACUCUUUGCACUACUGUGACUAUUUGAACAAUAUUUUUAUCCUCAAUAAAAUGAUACAUAAAACGAUACUAGUGUUUUUGUUCCUAAGACUUUGCAAUAAAUUGAUGAUUAAUGAAAUAAUAUAAUCUACCAAGUCGAGUGUAACAAAUAAGAUGUGUUUGAAUCUUGUAGCGCAAAUAUCACAUCCGAACUAUAUAUAUUUGCUGCAAUGUACGAGUGACUGGAGCAGAUUGCGAUAGGUGUGCUCAUUGUGUUUUUCAUUUCAAACGAAACGGGUUUUCCUCCUCCCAGUGUGUCGACAAUUUCGUUCCUAUUUCUUUAUUUCUUCCUUGCUUUAUUUAAAUUUUUGUUCAUCAUUUUCUACCUAAAUAAUGUAACAGCUUGUUGGUGGUGUAAACCUAUGUAUGAAUGUGACAUUCAUAUGUAUUUUUUACUAAUACAAAACCUUGUCUUAUUGCAGGUCUUUUUCCAUGAGCAUUGUCAGGCAAAUCAUUUAGAUUUGUCCAUAUCAUUAACCAAGGCCAGGCUAUUAUAAGGGUGAUCUAUUCAUCGUCAUUCACUAAUUAUUGUUUUUGAAGUUUUAUUUCACGUUUGUUUGUUUUCAAGGUUAUUUGCCAUUCACAGAGCCUGUGUUAUAAACAUAAAAAAAUAUGCCGCCGCUGAAAAGCGCUGUAUUUAGGCCUACUGAAACAGAAAUUGAUCCAAUAUAGAUAUUUGUUGUCAAAACUAGAAACAAAGAAAAAUAUUUUACUGAAACUUAAAUGCCAAAAUGGUAAAAUCAAGAGAUUGCAAAGUAUUCUGAGAACUCCUAGGGGAAAAAGGGGGAAAACGUUUUUUUCAGUAUUAAGUAUUUUACUUCUGAUAAAAAACAACAAAAUAAAUGCUUCCGAUAUACAGAUUACAAAAGACGUGACAGUGAGUUGGACUAUUUCAUUUGCUUUAUCUCUAUUAGAGCUGAGUUGAGUCUAUGUGCAAUCUCAGCGCUGUAAGAGGCAUUAACUCAAGCAGACGAUCUUAUACUAUAAUAUUUUAUAACACUUCUCAAACAAAUGUUACGUAAAUAAUCUAUCUACACUAUAAAUAUACAAUGGUAAGAGCAUCUGAAAAAUCAGACAGUCGUUGGUUUCAUGAAACAUUUUUCUUUGUGCUUUGAUUAUGUGAGCAAAGUUCCCACCAAACGAAAGUUUGGCCGGACCGUAAG